GCGCGGGCGGGGCGCUUUUGCGGAAGCCGGCGGCGUCUGGUUCAGCCUCCUCCGGGAGCAGGCAGUUGGCGACCCCGCGCUAACCGGCGCGACUCUGUCCCGAUCCCCGAGUUCUCACACGGUGUCCAGACAGAUCGAAGCCAUGGCCAUUCUUUUCGCUGUUGUUGCCAGGGGAACCACUAUCCUUGCCAAACAUGCUUGGUGUGGAGGCAACUUCCUGGAGGUGACAGAGCAGAUUCUGGCUAAGAUACCUUCUGAAAAUAACAAGCUAACGUACUCACAUGGCAAUUAUUUGUUUCAUUACAUCUGCCAAGACAGGAUUGUAUAUCUUUGUAUCACUGAUGAUGAUUUUGAGCGUUCCAGAGCCUUUAAUUUUCUGAAUGAGAUAAAAAAGAGGUUCCAGACUACAUAUGGUUCAAGAGCACAAACAGCGCUCCCAUAUGCCAUGAAUAGUGAGUUCUCAAGUGUCUUGGCUGCACAGCUGAAGCAUCACUCCGAGAAUAAGGGCCUAGAUAAAGUGAUGGAGACUCAAGCCCAAGUGGAUGAACUUAAAGGAAUCAUGGUCAGAAACAUAGAUCUGGUAGCUCAGCGAGGCGAAAGAUUGGAAUUAUUGAUAGAUAAAACAGAAAAUCUCGUGGAUUCGUCUGUCACCUUCAAAACAACCAGCAGAAAUCUUGCCCGAGCCAUGUGUAUGAAGAAUCUCAAGCUCACUAUCAUCAUCAUCAUCAUAUCGGUCGUAUUCAUCUAUAUUAUUGUGUCACCACUCUGUGGUGGAUUUACAUGGCCAAGCUGUGUGAAGAAAUAAAAAAGUUAUCAUUAACCAAGGAUACGAGAGAACAAAGAGUUAAAAGCAAUCCGUGUGAUUCAAGCCUUUUAAUACUGACAGAUGGUGUCUGCCAGUCUCUUCAACCCUCUUCUUUCUCUUUUUUUAAUAUUCUUCUAUGCCUCCAGAUUUAUCUUUGUCCUAUCAACCAGUUUAUUCCAGUGCACUUCAGACCGAACCAUUUAUUGCAGCAGGAGCCUUAAAAAGGCAUUUUGUUUCUUUGGUUUGUUAACUAGU